AUGGAUUACGACGUUCUCAUCAUUGGCGGUGGCUUCGGGGGAUGCUACGCCUUACACCAGUUGCGCAAGUCGGGCUUUUCAGCGCACAUUGUGGAAGCCGGAUCGGCGCUCGGCGGCGUAUGGCACUGGAACAGCUAUCCCGGCGCGCGGGUCGACACAGAAACGCCUUACUAUCAGCUUUCUAUCCGGGAAGUCUGGAAAGACUGGACAUGGUCGCAACGUUUUCCAGGGCAUGAGGAGCUGAAGAGGUACUUCAAGCAUAUCGACAAGGUCCUCGACAUCUCCAAAGACGUUUCUUACCAACAUUUGGUGAUUGGCGCCGACUUCGAUACUGAGACUGCCAAGUGGACCAUCAGAACCAAGACGGGCCGCAUAUUCACAUCACGAUUCUUGAUCCCGGCGACGGGCAGCUCAACUAAACGCUAUGUUCCCGAGUUUCCAGGCAAGGAGUUGUUCAAAGGCGCUGUGGUACACCCCACGGCGUGGCCCGAUUCCGGGAUCGAUGUUCAGAACAACAGAGUUGCCAUCGUCGGAACAGGGGCGACAGGAGUGCAGUGUGUGCAAGAAAUCGCAAAACAACCUGGUGUAGAAUUGACAGUAUACGUACGAAACAUCAAUACUGCGCUUCCAAUGCGCCAACGCGAAAUAUCGAAACUCGAGCAGCUUAGCUUUAAAGCAAUAUACAGGACACUAUUCAAGGUGGCGAGAGAAAGUGAUAUUGGAUUACCCUGCGAUGGGCCUAGUCGGCUCACGAAAGAGACAACAACGGAGGAGAGGGAGGCAUGGUGGGAGGAGCUGUGGCAGAGAGGGGCGUUUAAUUUCCAGACAGGACAGUAUGCGGACUUUUUGAAAGACGCGGAGGCUAAUCGUUUGAUCUACGAAUUCUGGGCGAGAAAGACGAGAGGUAGGGUGCAGAACCCGGAAAAGCGAGCCAUUUUGGUGCCCGACGAACAACCAUAUCCAUUCGGAACGAAGCGAAGCAGUUUGGAGCAGGACUACUACGAGUGCAUGGACCAGGACAAUGUUAAAGUGGUAAAUGUGAAGAAGGCGGCCAUCCGCGAGUGGACACCGCACGGCAUCGUGACGGAGGAUGGCAAGGGGAGGCAGCAUGACAUCAUUGUACUAGCAACGGGAUACGACAGCAUGACCGGAGCACUGACAGACAUAGGACUACGUGGCAGAGACGGGAUUGAUAUGAAGGAGAGGUGGAAACAGGGCGUCUGGACGUACCUUGGCAUACUGGCUCGAGGAUGUCCUAAUAUGUUCAUGGUACAUGGACCGCAAGCUCCUACGGCUUUUACCAACGCACCAGUGUUUAUUGAGUUGCAAGUUGAGUUUAUAUCUGACUUGCUAGUAAAGCUACGCGAGGAAAAGGUCAUUUCCAUCGAACCACGCCGUUCGGCUGAAGAGCACUGGAAGAAAACUGUCCAGACAGUACAUGAGACCUUGCUCUUUAGCAAAAACGAAACAUCAUGGUAUGUGGGCGGAAAUAUCCCCGGAAAGAAAAAGGAGCAGCUGAAUUAUAUCGGCGGCAUUCCCCAGUACCUCAAAGAGUGCCGCGAAGGCACCAAGGACUGGGGCAAUUUUGACGUCAUCAAGGAGGGAGGGACUACAGAUCAAUUCAACAUUAGCGAAUAG